AUGCUACACAAUGUCUUCAGACUUAGCCAGUGUCAUAGAAAAGCUCACAACAUUUAUCGUCUCACACAAUGUUCCGCCUUAAAAAGGCGGUUCUCUUCCUCCAUCGCACUAGAAACACCGGAGAUCGACGUGCCUCUAAGCACCGGAAGAGUCUUGAGGAUAUCAUCCGGAAAAUAUGCCCGGUUCGCUGAUGGUUGCUCCGUCGUUACGAUAGGCGAUACGGCCGUUAUGGUCACGGCAGUGGCUAAGCAGAAAUCCCAGAAUGCCUCUUUCCUGCCUUUAGUGGUAGAUUACAGACAAAAGUCGGCUGCAGCCGGCAGAAUACCGACCAACUUCCUGCGCCGAGAGCUCGGACCAUCAGAGAAAGAGAUCCUUUCCGCGCGUCUUGUAGAUCGUUCGAUAAGGCCACUGUUUCCUGCGGAGUUCCGGUACGACACACAAAUCGUGUGUAACAUGCUUGCGAUCGAUUCGGUGAACCCACCCGACGUUCAAGCGAUAAACGGUGCCUCAGCAGCGCUCGCUCUCAGCGAUAUUCCGUGGCACGGUCCGGUAGGAGCCGUUCGAGUAGGGCUCGUAGACAACGAAGUGAUCAUUAACCCAACGCGAAAAGAGCUACAGCUAAGCAUGCUCGAUCUUGUUGUGACUGCCACCAAGCAGAAUUUAGUCGUUAUGCUAGAGGGUCGUGGGAACGUAGUGAACGAAAACGAGCUGCGUAUGGCGAUUAAGAAAGGCACAAAAGAGGCGCAGCUUAUAAUUAACGGCAUCGAGCGUUUGCAGAAGUCUUUCGGAAAGCCUAAACGACCCCUCGAACUACUGCCAGCGGUGGACGAAGAGAUACAGAAUGCUGUUCGGACGAUGUCGGAGAUGAGACUGAGGGAAAUAUUCCGUGAUUAUUCGCACGACAAGUUUAGCCGGGAUCAGGCCGUGUCCAGCACGCGCACCGACACCAUCGAUAAGGUUUGGUCCAGCUUCCCAAACGCCGAUCCCAGUCAGAUAUCGGAAACGUACAACAAAUUCGUGAAGAGCGUGUUCCGUGAGAUGCUGCUCGAAGAAAACCAACGCUGCGAUGGUCGGGGUUUGGACGAUUUGCGAAAGAUCAGCUGCUCGGUGAACCUCCACAAACCCCUGCACGGUUCGGCGCUAUUUCAACGGGGCCAAACGCAGGUAUUCUGCACCGUGGCACUCGAUUCGCCGGAGAGCGCACUCCGGCUCGAUCCGAUUGCCUCACUGGACAGUGGAACGAAAUCGAAGAAUUUCUUUCUCCACUACGAGUUUCCUCCGUACGCGACGGGUGAAACGGGAAAAAUCGGUCCAAUUGGGCGGCGAGAGAUUGGCCACGGCGCUCUAGCUGAGAAGGGCCUGCUGCCCGUUAUUCCCAAUGAACAUCCGUUCACGAUACGGCUCACCUCGGAAGUGCUGGAAUCGAACGGAUCCAGCUCGAUGGCAACCGUGUGCGCCGGCUCGAUGGCCCUUAUGGACGCCGGUGUGCCGUUGCAAGAAGCCGCGGCCGGUGUUGCGAUCGGAUUGGUCACAAAGUAUGAGAACGAGGACACGAAACACCUGCAAGACUACCGCAUACUGACAGAUCUGCUCGGCAUCGAGGACUACAUGGGCGACAUGGAUAUGAAGGUGGCAGGAACUCGGCGCGGUAUGACUGCCAUACAGGCCGACAUUAAAGUGCCCGGUCUGCCGCUGAAAGUGGUCAUGGAGGCGUUACAAAAAGCAAUGGAAGCGCGGUUCCGAAUACUCGAUCUCAUGGACGAAACGAUCGGGGCAACACGCACCGUCCGGAAGGACUGCUGGCCAGUGACGGAUCGGUUAGUGAUCGAGGUACAUCAACGAUCAAAGCUUCUCGGUCCUGGAGGCACCAAUCUACGACGCUUGUACGUAGAAACCGGUGUGCAACUGACGCCGGAAGACGAAACGAGCUUCCGGAUAUUCGCUCCAUCGGAAGCGGCCAUGCACGAAGCGAAGGAGUACCUGGAGAACCUACUGAAGGCGGAAAAGAUCCCGGAUCUCGAGUUCGGUGCGAUCUACACUGCCCGGAUCGUGGAGCUUCGGGAUACCGGUGUAAUGGUUACCCUUUAUCCUUCAAUGCCUCCGACGCUCCUCCACAAUUCACAGCUCGACCAACGAAAGAUUGCCCAUCCGUCUGCGCUGGGGCUGCUCGUAGGUAGCGAAAUACAGGUGAAAUAUUUCGGCCGCGAUCCGGUGUCCGGAUACAUGCGGCUCUCGCGUAAAGUCCUGCAAGGUCCUGCCACUGCUAUGAUUCGCAAUCUCGAACGGCCCUCGGUGGCGGCUUCCGCUGGGGCAACAAAUCAGACCAGCACCAGUACAGAAGAGGUGAAAAGUUAG